CUCUCCAUUCUUGUGUUUCCUUGUAUGGUCUGUUUUAUCCUUCGCGUGGAGUUGUGAAAUAAACGAAUCAAACCUAUCUGUUCUUGUUUCUCGAGCAGGAUCUGCUCGUAUUGGGGAUUAGUAAUAGGUGACGUUGUUGCUCUCCUAUAGUCAAAUUAGUCGUUAGAUAGAAAUGCUGUACAUAAUUGGGCUGGGUUUGGGCGAUGAGAACGAUAUAACGUUGAAGGGUCUUGAAGCUAUCAAGAGAUGUGACAAAGUCUAUAUGGAGGCCUACACUUCUUUGCUUUCCUUCGGUCUCUCCCCAUCUGGCCUCUCUACCUUGGAAGAACUAUAUGGAAAGCAAAUUAUCCUGGCAGAUAGAGAGAUGGUGGAAGAGGGAGCAGAUGCUAUACUACUUGAAGCCUCUAAACUGCAUGUGGCUUUCCUGGUUGUCGGGGAUCCUUUUGGAGCUACAACUCAUGCUGAUCUGGUUCUUCGGGCAAAAAAAGUAGGUGUAGAAGUUCAGGUGGUUCACAAUGCUUCAGUUGUAAAUGCUGUUGGAGUUUGUGGCUUGCAACUUUAUCGCUAUGGUGAGACUGUAUCGAUCCCAUUCUUCACAGAGACAUGGAGGCCCGACAGCUUUUACGAAAAGAUUAAGAGAAACCGAUCACUGGGUUUGCAUACUCUUUGUCUGUUAGAUAUACGUGUGAAGGAACCAUCUUUAGAGUCUUUAUGCAGAGGAAAGAAAAGCUAUGAGCCACCGAGAUUCAUGACAAUAGAAACUGCUAUUGAGCAACUUCUAGAGGUUGAACAGCUGCGAGCAGAAUCUGUAUAUAGUGAGGAUUCUAUCUGUGUUGGCUUUGCUCGCCUUGGAAGUGAAAAUCAGAUGGUAGUAUCUGGCUCUAUGAAGCAACUGCGUGAAGUUGAUUUUGGUGCACCUCUGCAUUGCCUUGUCAUUGUAGGGGAGACCCAUCCCAUGGAAGAGGAAAUGUUGGAGUUUUAUGCUGUUAAGGAGAAGCGAGCAUCAUUAGCCUCUCCAGAGUGAACGCAUGUCUUUGGGCCUGCUGGGAUUCAUGAUGAAGAAAAGUUUAGAUGGUUGCUACCAAUGCCAUCAAACAAUUACUUGACUUCUAGCUUUGGUUCACCUUUAUUUAUCCCAAUAAUGCCCGAUCACAAGGAAGAUUGAUUUGCUGGAAAUUUGCCACUAGAGAGCUAUUUGUGUCCUAUGAGUCAUCCCUCACUCAAUUAUGUACAACAUGCUUAUGUCCCAUGACACGAAAGAAAUUGCUGAAGAUUUGCUGCAAGAGAACCGCUGGAGUCUUACAAAUCAUUCCUCAUCAUGUACAACAUCCGUACAGCCCCAUUGCAUGUAAAAAUAGAUAGCUGGAAUUUGCAGUUACAGCCAUUGAUGUCUUAUGAGUCUUUCCUCACUAAAGUAUGUAUAAUAUUCUUUAUGAUGACACAGGGUAGGGUCAUUUUCGUUAUGACUCCAUCCUGCUAAUUGAUUAAAUUAUUUUCUGUUUCCGGAUA